UCAGUGCCUUCCCCUCAUCCAUACAUACACACACACAAUCACACGCACACGCACACACGCACACACACACACACGCACUGGGACGGAGCGUCAGAGAGAGAUACCUCUGACUGGUUGCUGUUUUUUAUUGUGCGCCAGGGCUUUGCGAGGAUAGGGCAGCAAAGCAAACGCGCACCUGCUUUAGAGGCAUUACGGUAGCGCAGCAAACUGUCCCCCCGCAACACACACACACAUACACACACUCCACCACUCGCACACACACAUGCAGCCCCAGUGAUUCAACCCUGAUUUCCAGCGAACGAGCAAGCAACAGACGGGAUGCCAAAAAGUGGAGACCGGCGGAGAGGUUAUACGCGCUGACUAAGCCUCUUGAAGAGAUAGCGGGGGAAGCAGAAGCAACUAAACAAGGCGAGAAGCUGCGUUGUUUCUCCGCGGCAACUUGCGCUCAGUGCCAGAGUUUUAGCGGCAGUAUUGUUCUGACUUCACUCCAGAGGGGCCACUCCGAGGAGAGAGGACGCACACAAAAGGGAAAAGGAAAGGACUAACGAGCACGCUUUGUCGUUUAAAGUAAUGGUGCUGCGGUCUUAGAUCCUAGAUUUCUCUGUCUCUCUCUCCUCUCUGUUUCUUUCAUUUUUUAUUUUUUAUUUUUUUACGUCCCGUCGGUUUGUGUCCCCCUUUUGUCGCCGUGAGAGAGUGGACGCGCCGGGGUUUGAGGAGCAGAAGCGGGCUGCCCACAUGGUCCAACCACUGGCGUGAAAGUUGACUUCUUCAGAAACCAAGAGAACAGGUGCCAGUGAUGAUGGUGGAAUCAGCCUCUGAGACCAUUCGAACGACGCCGUCCAACCAGAACGGAGUCAGCAGCCUCACCAGCCAAUCAGACGGAGGGGGAGGUAGAGAGGGUGGAUCCAAUGGAGACACCAACGGAGAGAUCAGCCCGGUUGACUUACUGCACCUGCAGCAGCAACAGGCGCUUCAGGCAGCCAGACAGUUCCUCCUCCAGCAGGCCUCUGGACUCAACUCUCCUGGCAGCAACGAGGUCAAACAGAGCCCUGUGCAGGUGCCCGUGUCCAUGGCAAUGAUGAGUCCACAGAUGAUCACUCCUCAGCAGAUGCAACAGAUCCUGUCUCCCCCACAGCUCCAGGCCCUGCUGCAGCAACAGCAAGCUCUUAUGCUACAGCAGUUACAGGAGUAUUACAAAAAGCAGCAGGAGCAGUUACAUCUCCAGCUUCUGACUCAGCAGCAGCAGCAGCAGCAGCAACAGCAGCAACAGCAGCAGCAACAACAGCAGGCUGGGAAGCAAGCGGCAAAAGAGCAGUUAGGCAGCAAGCAGCUGGCCUUCCAGCAGCAGCUGAUCCAGAUGCAGCAGCUUCAGCAGCAGCACAUCCUCAACCUCCAGAGACAAGGCCUGGUUCCACUGCAGCCCACUGCUGCCAUGCAGUCUCUGCAGCAAGCGAUGUGUCCGUCAGACCUCCAACAACUGUGGAAGGAAGUGUCGGGGGUGCAGAGUAGUGAGGAGGCCCUGAAACAGGCCGAGGGCCUGGACUUGAGCACCAACAGCUCCAAUUCUACCUCAGCCUUCCCCAAAGCUGCCAGUGCUCACAUUCCACUGCACAGCCUGCCCAACGGGCAGAGCCACACCCCAAAGAGAGACAGAGCCAGACUGUUUGAGUGGAUAUCCUCCUUCACCAAGGCAGACAGCGGAGAAGACCAUGUCCCCCUUUACUCCAAAGGCAGCCAACUUCCAAGCAGCCAUCAUGAGGAGCAUGCCGGCUCCCAUCCCCUCUACGGCCAUGGAGAGUGUAAGUGGCCUGGUUGUGAAGCACUGUGUGAGGACAUGGGACAGUUCAUCAAGCACUUGAACAAUGAGCACGCCCUCGAUGACCGCAGCACUGCUCAGUGCCGAGUCCAGAUGCAGGUGGUUCAGCAACUGGAGAUACAGCUGGCAAAAGAGAGCGAGCGACUUCAGGCCAUGAUGACCCACCUGCACAUGCGCCCCUCAGAGCCAAAGCCUUUUAACCAACCUCUGAACCUGGCUUCCAGUGGAGCUCUGUUAAAGCGGGACAGCGAUGCCUACCCAGAGGGUCUUCCUCACCCGCCCACCUCAGCUGCCACCCCCAUCACCCCACUGCGCCAGGGCCCUUCAGUCAUCAGCUCCUCCAGCCUGCACACACACUCCCACUCCCACUCGCACGGCGUUGGGCCAAUACGUAGGCGCAACUCCGACAAGUACUGCACCCCUAUCGCCUCAGAGCUUGCUCAGAACUGUGAGUUCUACAAGAACGCUGAUGUCAGGCCUCCCUUCACCUACGCCUCCCUUAUACGUCAUGCCAUUCUGGAGUCUCCAGACAGACAGUUGACUCUCAAUGAGAUCUACAACUGGUUUACACGGAAGUUUGCCUAUUUCAGGAGAAAUACAGCCACAUGGAAGAAUGCUGUGCGCCACAACCUGAGUCUGCACAAGUGUUUUGUUCGUGUUGAGAACGUGAAGGGGGCCGUGUGGACUGUGGAUGAAGUCGAAUACCAAAAGAGGAGACCACCAAAGAUGACCGGAAGUCCCACUCUGGUGAAAAAUAUGAUUUCAGGCCUGGGCUUUGGAUCCCUAAACGCCAGCUACCAGGCGGCUCUGGCUGAAAGCAGUCUGUCCCUGCUGAACAGCCCUCCCCUGGUGACCCCUCCAUCUGCAGCCAGCCUCAACAUGCUGCACGUGGGCCACGAUGAUGUCAGCUCUACCGUGGAGCAGGUCAACAGCAACGGCAGCUGCAGCCCCACGCUCAGCCCUCAACAGUACAGCCACCAGGUGCACGUGAAGGAGGAGCCCACUGAGGUGGAGGAGGACAGCCGGCCCGUAUCCCUGCUGGCCGGCGUCACACACAGCCUGCCAUUGCCGAGCGAUGAGCGCGACCUGGAGGAGGAUCUUCCCACAGAGGAGCUGGAGUAGGAACAGAUCCGAAAACCGGCGAGAGGGGCGGGACCCGACGAGGCUGAUAACCCGUGCCCUCGCACCGGAGUGAAGAGAAAAAUAUACCAACUGUACACUUCAGAGAAAAGAGAGAAAAAAAGAGAAUGUUUUUUUCAUUUUUAAGAAAUUUCAAUUAAGACAUUGAGAAACUCCAAACAGGGUUAGAUGACCUUCGUUACGUUCAGACGCAAAAACAAGACUGUGGAGCACUGCUUUACCUCCUUGUGUUGCUUUCACAACACUCGGCUCAGAGGUGUAACACCACUCAAUGCAUACACACUCACACAAACACACACACGUACACACAUUCACUUGUCAAACCAUGUCUCGUCAUCCUCCCUGGAAAAAUCACCCUCUAUGUAGAGACCCCCAGAGGCGUGGACACACACACUCGCUCCUCCUCGUCCCACCACCCUGCACACACCCUCCUCUCUGUUGUCUCUGGCUGCCUGGCUAGCCAUUUUAUCUCUCCGUCAGAUGAGAAGACGCAGAUGUGUGUGUGUGUGUGUGUUAGAAAGUACAACACACACACACGCAAGGAUCAUGUGUAUAUAGAUUUGGAGCAGUCACCAGGGGCUGUGCAGUAUACCUCUCCUUCUCCCCCCUCUUUGAGUCAAUCACUUGCUUUUUCAUUUUCUUUUUUUUUAUUUGAUCAAAAUGAAACUCUUGGGCUUUAAGAUGAGGAGGAAGGAAGUUUAAGAUUACCUCCAGCAGUACUCAGAGCAGGCUCCUGUCCACAUCUGUGUAAGAGCACUGACCCAACAGAGGCGGCUCAGCCCCCCCCCCCCCCUGCCCAAACUUCUGCCAGCAGCAAGACGCUUGUUGAGGGACGUCUUUCAAACUCUUUGCUUUUGAGUGGAAAAAAAAAAAGAAGAAGACAUUUUCCUAACCCCCACCGACAGUGCAUCCCUUCUCAUUCCCCAAACCCCAGAAGACUGCAGGAAAAGGACCAUAUGGUGCUGUCCUUCUUCUCUCCUCCAUCUGUGGAUGGAGCGACAAGCAUGGAACACUUUUGAGAGAAAAAGAAGAAAAGAGGGGAAGCAGCGCAGAAACGACGGAGGAAGUGUCUACAGAAAUAUUGUGACUAAGAAAAAAAAAGAAAACUGUUGAUGAUUAUGGAAUAUAACAAGAAAAAUGUGUGGUAGCUUUUUGUCAUUUCUUUUUUAUUAUUUGAUGUUAUUAUCAUUGUUUUAUUUUAUUUUAUUUUUUUUCUGGGAGGAUCAAUAUUUCCAAGAUGGCGCUCUGUUUUGACAUACCUUUUCUAAGGAUGCUGUUUUUCUGUUUUAUUGCGUUGUAAUUUGUUUGAUUUACUCUGGUUGUUCACACCAUUCCAAAUGAGUAUUGGCAAGCAAACAAAGAAGAAGAAGUAUUGUCCCAAAUUACAUCAAGCCCCUCUGUCCCUUUCUGUCCCAACUGUAGCAAGACUAGAAAUUUGGAAAUAGCACUUAAAGUUGCCAUUAUCCAGACACAUUAUUUAACAGCUGAAUCUUCUUUUCUUUUAAUUCUCUCUCAUUCCGAUUUUUCCGUUGUGUACUUUAGUUGAGAACUAUCCGUAAUGCUUUAAAUAUAUAUAUAUAUGUAUAUAUGUGUGUGUAUAUAUAUAUAUAUAUAUAUAUAUAUAUAUAUACACAUACAAACAUAUAUGUGUAUGUGUACAUAUACAUAUAUAUAUAUAUGUGUGUGUGUGUAUAUAUAUAUAUAUAUAUAUAUAUAUACAUACAUAUAUAUAUAUAGCAGUCAGAGAAUACCUCAUCCCACAAAGGUUCUACCUGGAACUGUGUCCAAAAUUGAUAAAGAAAUAAAAGGGGGAUUUUUUUCUGUGGGACACCAAACGCGGCAACUCUGCUCAGCUUGGAUUCAAAGCUCUAUGGUCGUAAUAGUUACUGUGUAGAAGCUAUCUGCAAUUCACUGUGUGAGUUUGUUUUAAAGGAAUAGCAUGUUUCUUUUGUUUUUCCGUGAGCAUAAAAGCAUUACUUUUCUCUACGGUGCCAUACCAAAUUUUAACAUUUAUUUUAAUCUAUUAUCUGCUUAUUCCCAUUUUAUUUUUGUUACAGGUAACCAAAGAAAUAUGUAGAAAACCAAAAACCCUGUAGUUUAUUUUGCCCUUUAUGGUUUUAUCCCCCCCCCCCCCCCUUCUUAAAAGAACUGGCCAAAAGACAAACAAACCAGGAGUUUGAAUUCUUAUUAUUGUAUUCAUAUAAACUGUUGUGUUAAAACUAUUCAUGACUUACAGUGCUGCCCAUUCCAAAAACCAAAGUGUGUAAAGCCAACUAGAAUUUGGAGACGGUUAUGAAUGACUCAUGUUACGUAUGAGGCCAAAAACUAUUAUUAACAAACCUCGCACAGUUCCUCUGAAAAACAAAAGAAAGAGAAAAAGAAAAGCACUUAGAGUUUAAAAAAAUAACAAAAAAAAACAACAACAACAACAACCCUGUCUCACCCCACACUCAGGCUCACUUGUGUUCCAAACACAAUCCCAGAACUGGCCCUUAUGACAGUAUGGCCUGAAAGUUCAAGUGUGUUGUUACUUAUUUGAGGUGCCAGCAAAAAGAGAAGUGAAACAAAAAAUAUUAGUUUUCAAACACCUGCUGUUACAAGGUACUUUUCCGAUGCUAUUGUAAUUAACAUUUGGAUGUUUUAAGAAGGAAAAAAAAGCUCUUUAAAGACAAAAAAGCCCUCUUCAUCUGUACAUAGUGCUCACAGGAAGAGGAAGUGUACUGUAAUCUGCUUAGAGAAGUCACAUCUCUGGACAGGGAAGAGUUAUUCCAAAUAAUACCACAAUAAAGAGGGAACAAGAAAAAAAUACCAAUGUAAGAGGAACAUAACCAAGGGACACCAUGGUAUCUAAAGUUUGGUUCAUAUUUUCAUACAUUUUGUCAAACUUGUCUCUUGCACUUCAGGCGUUUUUUCUUAUUUCAUGAAAGAACCUUUCCAAUAUGACUUUGUGUUCAAACAGGACCGUUUCCUGUCACAUUAGAGACUGAUUUCGUACAAAGUACAACGUGGCAGACAGAGGCAUCUUGAAACGAGAUAAAAACCAAAAAUAACACUACCUCCUUUUCAAAAGAGUUCAACACAUAGCCAAUAGGAGACUGAACGCUCUUAAAUAUUAUUAUUUUUUCUCCAUUCUUCCUCAAAUGAUAGUAAUAUGAAUGCCAAAAUUAUUCUUACACUUAACUGUAUGACUGACAAGGAAAAAAAAGAAGAAGAAAAAAAAGAAAAAGCUAUUUGUUGAUCUGGACUCCCUAACCCAUCUGCUCGAGCCCAAAAAACACAGAGACGUUUCACUUUCCAUAGAAUUAAAAACGACUACCUCUCCUCAGACCACAUCUAAAGCACUCUCUGCGUCUCAAAAGUGUGUUGUGAAGCGCUCCACUGUGUGUGAACAGUUUUCUGUCAGCUGCGUAGAGCUAACUAACCGUACCCCUGAGCCAUGACAACGGCCUCUCAGCUGUGUGUGCUUUAAGCUGUACGUGUGCAUAUUGGUGAUCAGGCUCUCUGCCGGUGAGAAGCUGCACGCUAAUGUGUUGCUGCAGAGGUAGUGAUGGGCAGAAUAUAUCGGUGCCACAACUCACACUAACACACACACACGGAAAAAAAAAACAGGAGCGUAGAAGCAGGGCUACUAUGGGUUAGUGCAAACACAGUCUCUGACCAUCCAGAUAUCCAAAGACCCACAACACAGCAGCAAACCACUCACAGAGACACCGAGAUGACUAACACACCUAAUGACACUCAUCACUACUACUACUACUACUACUACUACUACUACUACUACUACUACUAGAAAUAUCCAAACCAAGAGGAACUGCUGCAUACAGAACAUAGAUGAUCUCUGACUCGUGCUUUAAGGUACACCUGUAAACAAAGCUGUUUUAUAAAGAUGUAGAUUGUUCACAGGUCACCAUGUAACACUUCUGUUCUUUCUCCAGCUUGGCAUAACAUGACGUAUUCUUGUAUAUUAAUGCUUGGCUUGUCUCUCCAGGGCAUUCUUUCCCAUUUUGUCCUUUGAUUUUUCUCUUUUGGGGGUUUUUCCUUUUUCUGCACCUGUUUAGCUAUCGUAAAGCUUUCAGCUCUGAUUCCUAUACUGUACUGCUAAUGCUGAAGUAUAUGUAUUUAUCAUAUUAAGUGCUGCAGGUAUCUUGGUUUAAUAGUUUUGUUUCUGUUCGUUUGUUUGCUUUUUGUUUUCGGUUCUUCAUAAAACGUCUGGGACGCGGAUUUUUUAAGUGUAUUAUCUCUCUCUCUAAAAAAAAAGAAAAGAUUAAAGUUAGAUCAGUGGUUUAGGUAACACCUGUUUGUAUAUUUAUCUUAGCUAGGUCUAUUUUGAUACUUUUUUGUCUCUGUACUGCAUUUAUGCAUUUUUAAGGAAAGAAAAAAAACAACUAAUGGAAAACAAACAAAAAGUUUCUUCAUUACGUAUUGAUACCUCAGAAGGACUUUUUCUCAAAGACAGGACCAAAACCUCUGAAAAGAAAAAGAGAAAGAGGAAAAAAAAAAUAUGUGAGAAUAUGUAGCCCCUCUCUUGCUUUAAAAAAUGCAGAGCUCUAGAAAGGUAUUGCUGUUGGUCCUUUCCGGUGCCAAUAUGUGUCCCUGCUCCCUGUGACCCCUCCCUCUGACCCCUGACCCCUGUCAUUCCUGUGCUGAACUCCGACCCACAGAGCUGUCAAUCAUCUGCAGGUGCCAUGGGGGUGUCACUGAGUCAAGCACCUGGCCGGUGGUGACCAGCUACACACCCCAUCUCCCAGAUCCCGCAGAGGCAGAUCAAAGACUGACACUGUUGCAUUUUUGAUACUCCUCCUCUUGUGUAGUCUCAAGACCAAAAUGUGGAAUGGCUCUCAGAGAUGCAGCUCAUCCUCUGACUACCAAAGGCAUUGCAAGCAAACACUGCUUAGUCCAAAUGUCUGAACUGUAACCAAACUGUAACCAAACCAAUGCCACAACUUUAACCAAACAAAACCCAAGCUACUUCCAAAACUCUCCAUCGACUUCACUGACCACCUUUACCGAUAGCUGUUAUCUCUCAUACGUCCAGUGUUGAAGAACCAGCCUCCAUCCCGUUGGCUGAUGACUGACUCAAAGGAUGCAGGGAGAUAUCAAAUCCUGAUGUGUGAUUGGACAGUUCUGAGGUGUCAUGUGAGGGGGAAGGGACUCUCAAAGCAGAGCAUUGCCUGAUGGUAUUAUCAAGUAGACAGCCAGAAUCUGAUGGAACUACCACUUCUCUCCUCUCCUCUGGUUAAACCUUAGGAAUGUGUGUACAUUUUCAGCAGUGACUCUGUAUUGUUUCUUAGUUCAGUUUACCUCUCUUUAUCCUUUUGGUUUUUGUUAUGUUUCUUGUUAUUUGAAAGUGUGACCCGAGGAAGAGGUGGGAACAGGGACUGGGUGGUGGCUUUAGACAGACAGUGGAGCCCAGACCUUUGACCCUCCACCCCGGGUAGCCAUGUAAUGCCAGUCACUGCCCUUUCCUUCAUGCUGUAUAAAAACACACACAUAUAUCUGUGUAUUUGUAACCUGAAUCUUCUUGUGUCUGUCCAUGCAGACAAUAAAAAAACUGUACAGUAGGUCUAGUUGCAUGUAAUCUGUACUAAUUAUUGACAAUGGCAUUAUAAAAUGCAAUAAAAUACUUAUUACACUGUCA